UGAUAUUCGAUUAAAUGUCUGAAAUUUUUCUGGAGAGACGCACAACAUAAGAAGCGCUUGAGCCAAAAAUGCAGUGCAGGGGCGAGGCGAGGCAGAAUUUGAAUUAGGAGAGGGGAGUGGACUUCAACAGAAUCGACAAAUUGGCAACUAUUUGGAGGUUGUUGCAGAAGUUUAACGCGAUACUCGAAGAGUUGCACGGGAAGAAAGCAUCAUGUUUGUCUCGCAGCUUUUCUUGCUACUACUUGCGCUUCCCUUGGCAACUUGUUUGAGGUGUUAUACAUGUGUAUUUCCUGCCAUUUCUCCUCUGGAUUGCCUAAAGUUUCCCGGGCCUUGCGGGGAUGGCCGUCGCUGCCUCUCCAGCGUUGCAACGGCAAAACGAGGUGCACUUCAAAUAACCUUCUAUGAGAAAAGCUGCGCUGAUCCUUCCCAGUGUGGUGUGCACGGGCAGAAAUACAGCAGUGGCCUUUAUUUCAACUACACCAACGUGUGCUGCAAUACAGACCUGUGUAACGGGGCUUCAGGACUCAGUGCCACCAAGUGGGGAGGUGCCGCACUCUGCCUGCUACCUGCGCUCAAACUUCUGCUGGCAUGAAAACUCCGACGCUGCUUACGUUGUGGUAUGCUCAUGACUGGAAAAGAAAAAUGAUAGCCUACAUUAUAUUCAUAGUCCAGUAGGUCUUAAAUUCGGGACUAUGAAUAGGGAAAAAGCAGAAAAGAUGUUUUUUUUUUUUUUUAAGUGCAUACCUAUAAAAAGGUAUCUCAUGUCUUCUGUGCAUUUUCCAGUUCUCAUCUCCAUGAACAUGCAAAAAAGUAAUCCAACAGCAUGUAGAGAGUCAGACACUACUUAUUUCUGAAGAAAACUUUAUUGGGCUUAUUUUUAAAGAAAUGCACAAAUGAAAUGUGGCCUUGGAAAUACAAAAGUCAACUUGGAAUGUCAGCUAAUUAUCUAACACACAAAAAAGUCAACAAAGGUAAUACUAAAACUAGCAAGGAGCUAAAUAGGUGUCAUCAAAAUAACAUGCAAUAUAUUAAGAAACAAAGAGUUAAAAGGUGAAAAACAAAAAGUCAAAUAUUGAUGAGUUAGGUCCCUGAAAUGUCAUUUUUCUCUACAGUACAUUAAGAAAUCUAAAAUGACGUCCUGAAAAUAUUAUAAGACUGUCCCUUUAAUUGAUUCAUGUCGGAAACAGUUCAGUCAACUAAAACAAACCAAAAAAUCUUUUCACUUUGGGAAGGUUUAAGUUGUGAAGCAAAACAGGCAAAUAUGUCAAAAACAGCGUAGAAAAAAAUAUGUUCUGAUUCUUAAAUUGCACUUGUGUGGUUUGAAGUCACUUUUCAGAUUAUUUCAAAUGUUCCUUUCCAUCAGUGUGCUUGACAGCAUUGUUCACGAGCUAUUUUCUGUAAGUGCACAUUUCUUCAAGCUUAUCAACUUCCAAGCAGUCGAAAACUACCCGCUAUUUUUUUUAGUUGCGACAUUGGCAACUCACAGCCUGUUGCUUUUCUUCAUUAUGAGUAACAUGUGACACAAAAUAUUUCAGGACAUUGCUAACUGGUAAACUCAAUUCACAUAAAGAAGUUUUAGGGGCACAUUAAAAAUGAACAAGAUUAGAAGAAAAAUGAUUUCAUAUUUAUAGCCUACUCUGCUAAAAUGAGAAAAUUUGAAUUAGUUCCUGAUUAAAACAACCACAAUGUAGCAGCCAUCGUUGCGUUGUACCGACACCGUGAAAGAAGGCUGGUGUCGGUACUCGCCCAUCCCGAGUGUGAACCGUUCAAUGUGAUUCCCAAAUACUUUGGUUCAUGCUGGUGUGCAUAUUUUUUACUAAAUAAAAGAUUGACACUUAAGCUGAAUGAGUUUUCAGCUGACUUGGCAGUUUUGUGUCUGUAUACAUAAUCUCCCCAAAGUACAAAGAAACGGUACAACUGCAUUUUGACUUAUCUUUUGCAACUCCACUAUAGCGUAGAAUUUAGAGCAAAUGAUUUUGAAGGGUUUUUACAGGAAACAGGUAAAACU